AUGACCUCGGAUGUAAUCAUUCGUCUUAUAUUGAAUUUGAGAUGUGUGCCCAAAACAAGACCCAGCGAGGAUAUGGAUUGGAGUUUAAAUGAAUCCGCUUUAGCCUUAUCUGUAUUCGACGUCGGUGCCGUUAAGUCUCAGUUGGACACUUUGGGAUGUGAUUAUCAAGAUAGAUCCAUCAAGUCAUUCAGCGGUACCUUUCAAUUGAUCGAACUUUACACCCUGGAUCCAUUAAACAAUACUGUGAUCUUUGCAAAUAAGCCUGCUUUUCCUAGCCUUUUAAACACUCCUCUAAGUGGUCCUGGUUCUGUUGAAGAAGCCCACAAAAAUAUGGGUCCCAGUAAAAAAAUUGGUGUACUCACAUCUGGUGGUGACGCACCCGGCAUGAAUCCUUGUGUACGUGCAGUUGUACGUUAUGGUAUUUCAAAGGGUUGUGAUGUUUUUGCUAUUUACGAGGGUUAUCAAGGUCUUGUCGAUAAUGGUAUUAAAAAGAUGGAUUGGAAGAGUGUGCGUGGUUAUUUGUCUGUUGGCGGUACUACCAUUGGUACAGCUAGAUGUAUGCCUUUUAAAACGCGUGAAGGUCGUUUACAGGCUGCUGAAAACUUAAUUAAGAGUGGUAUUGACGCAUUGAUCGUCUGUGGUGGUGACGGUUCCUUAACUGGUGCUGAUGUUUUCCGUUCUGAGUGGAGUGGUUUGACUGCAGAACUUUUGGAACAAGAUAGAAUUACUGAAGACGAGUCUAAUUCUUAUACGAGCUUAACCAUUGUUGGUUUAGUCGGCUCAAUUGAUAACGAUAUGUCUUCCACUGAUAUCACCAUUGGUGCUGUAACUUCUCUUCAUCGUAUUUGUGAAGCAGUCGAUUCUAUUGGUACAACAGCUCUAUCUCAUUCACGUGCUUUUGUCAUUGAGGUGAUGGGUCGCCAUUGUGGUUGGUUGGCUCUAGCUGCUGGUAUUGCUACCGGUGCCGAUUUCGUUUUUAUCCCAGAAAGACCACCUACUGGAGAAGACUGGCAAGAGACCUUAUGUGCAGUGGCUCAUCGUCAUCGUAAGCUCGGUAAGAGAAAAACCGUAGUGAUUGUUGCUGAAGGUGCUCUUGACAAAAACUUGAAUCCUAUUAAGGCUGAAGAUAUCAAAGACAUUUUAACUGACCGUCUUGGCCUCGAUACACGUGUAACUACUCUUGGUCAUACUCAACGUGGUGGUGCACCUGCUGCUUUUGAUCGUAUUUUAGCUACUAUUCAAAGUGUAGCAGCUGUAGAUGCUGUUUUACGUUCCACUCCCGACACACCUUCUCCCAUGAUUGGUAUGAGUGCUAACGAGGUUACCAGUGGACCUUUAAUGAAGGCUGUUGAACUCACGCACGAAGUUGCCAAGGCAAUUGGUGAGAAGAAUUUUGCUCGUGCUAUGGAACUUCGUGAUCCCCAAUUCGCUGAAGAAUAUCUUGCUUAUAAUGCGACCACAAUUUUGGACGAUGAUUCCAUGCUCGUCCCCCCUCAUCGUCGUCUUCGUGUUGGUAUUAUUAAUGUCGGUGCUCCUGCCGGUGGUAUGAAUGCUGCAACUCGUACUGCAGUGCGUUAUGCUCUUAAUCGUGGUCAUACACCUUUCGCUAUUCUUAACGGUUUUCCAGGUUUGGCUGCUGGCUCUGUUGAAGAGUUGUCGUGGAUUGGUGUGGAUGGUUGGACUUCUCGUGGUGGUUCCGAGUUAGGUACUACUCGUGCUGUUCCUGGUGAAGCAGUAGAUAUGGGUAUGAUUGCGUAUCAGCUUCAAAAAUUCAACAUUCAAUCCCUUUUGGUUGUGGGUGGUUUUGAAGCAUUCUCGUCUGUCAUUAACUUGGAAGCUGCCCGUCCAAAAUACCCCUCCCUUAACAUCCCCAUCGCGUUAAUAUCUGCUACCGUUUCCAACAACGUUCCUGGUACAGAUUUCUCUCUGGGAUCUGAUACUGCCUUAAAUGCUAUCGUCGACUCCUGCGAUGCUAUUGUUCAAUCGGCUCGUUCAUCACGUCGUCGUGUUUUUGUUGUGGAGGUACAAGGUGGUCGUUCUGGCUAUUUGGCUGUUGAAGCUGGUUUGGCCAGUGGUGCCAGUACUAUCUAUAUUCCUGAAGAAGGUGUGAAUCUUUCUCGUCUUCAAUCCGAUUCUCGCCACCUUAUGGCCAUGUAUAUGGACGAUGCUGCUGAUAAAUCAGAGGGUAGAAUCAUUCUGCGUAACGAAACUGUCAGUAAGACCUACACAACCGAUGUUAUUUCAGAUAUCUUGAAGGAUGAGGGACAUGCUCUUUUCGAUUCACGUACUGCUGUAUUGGGACAUAUUCAACAAGGUGUAAAUCCUAGUCCUAUGGAUCGUAUCAGAGCUACAAGACUCGCCAAGUGUAGUAUUGACUUUUUUGAAGAGCAUUCCUCUGCUGCUCUUGAAAAUGCCCAUGAACAAAACCAACCCGUCCCUGUUGAGUUAAGUAGUAUACCUGAAUCUGCUGCUGUAGUAGGUGUAUCGGGUAUCUCUGUCACAUAUCGUUCCGUAAAAGAAUUGAUUGCUGUUACAGAUAUGAAAAACCGUAAGCCUUUAGAUGCUUGGUGGAUGUCACACAGACCUCUUGUUGACCUGUUAUCUGGCCGUGGCUUGUUUACGCCUGAAGCUCAGGCUGCUUUGGCUCGUAAUCAAGCCGACAAGUAA